AUGGCUAAUUACAGAGAAUAGCCACUCUCGAAAAGUGAUUAUCAUAAUAGAGCUCAUGCUCAUAAUUAUCAAAAAACUAAUAAGCCAGUCUAUAAUGAUGAACCUAGGGAUCUUGAAAAUUAUGUGCAAAUUCCAAAAAAAAAAUAGGCUUACUUUGAAAAUGAAGUUCAAGAUACUAAUAAUCGAUAUUGUUAUCAAGGAAACAGUAAAAAUGAUGAUCCAUUUUCUAACAAUCCUUAUUAUAAUAGAGCUGCUUUAGAUUAGGUUUGCAGUCGAUCAAUAAUAACGUAUUUAGAUUAACCAAAUAAGCUUCAGGACAAUUGUCAAAAUAAUGAAUUAUAAAGAGAUAACCAAAAUCAAAACUAGUAAAAGUAAAAUGAACCAAUUUCUUAGUAUUACAACAACGAAUCAAGAGAUAGGUAUCAGGAAGUCAAAAAUUAUUAUUAUAACUAAAAUCACUAAUUUAAGUCGAUUUUAUCACCAAAACUAUAUUCUAGGGAUUAAUUUGAUUCAUAAGAAUAGCAGCAAUUAGGUUAAAAUAAAUAGUCAUAAAAUUAAAUACCUAAAUACUAGAAAACAAAUUAAAGUCUUUAUGAAAACCCUUCAUUUGGAUUAAUUUAAGAAUAGCAACAGAUAUAUUAGAAAUCAUAAAAUUAACCAAUAUAGCAGCAAUUCCCUUAUUCCCAAAAUCAUUCACAAGAGUCAGUCAGCCAAACCACUUAAAAAUAAAUCUCAAAUUCAAACAGACAAUAAUAUAAUGAUCCAAAUGAAAAUCAUUCUUAAAGGGAGUUUUAAUAAUCAAAAUAAUAUUAUUAAACAUAAUCUACUUAGCAAUUACAUCAAGAUUAUCCAGUUUAAAAAUAAUAGCAAUAUCAAUAAAGAUUGCAAUAUUUGGAAGAAUUGAAGAGCAGACUACCGAAUGAUGAUAUUUUCUAAUAAUAAGUUGAUACAAGGAUACCAUAAGUAGAACAAUACUAUAGAUAAAAUCAAAAUGAGAGAACAUCUAAAAUCAAUCCAAUCGCUGCCGUAAGUAGAAUGCAAAGACCAAAUGAAACUAAUUAGGAUAAAUAUUAUGGUUAGGAUCAAAAUCACUAUCUUUAAAAUAAUAGAAAUAAUUAGCAUUAAAAAGGAUAAGAAUAUUAUGAUACAUAAUCUCAUCAUAAAACUAAUUCUAAUUAAUAUCUUAACCUUUAUAGUUCUAAUAAUUAGAAGGAUGUUCGUGAGAAUAGCCAUAAUUUAUCCUAUUAGAGAAAGAACUAAUAAUAGCAAAAGACCAGAACACCAAAUCGUUAUAGAGAGGACAGCUAUGAAAGAGAGAAAUAAUGGUUUAUGUAACAAACGUCGCACCUUCAUUAAAAUUCUUAAACUAUAAAUAAAAGAAGAUGAACA